AUGCAAUACAAUGACGAAUUUUAUCAACCACCUUAUUCGCCAGCACCCUCUACGUUCCCAGCUCCAACUAGAACACCGCCACCAGUUGCUGGCGAGCCUCCAAACCUUGUAACCGCAAUAUUUAAUGCCGUAAUUCAAAAUAAUGUUGGUUUAGUAAGUUCAAUUCUGAGCGAAAAAAGAUUCAACCCUGACAAUUUAAGAAAUAGAGAUGGAAAAACUCCUUUAAUGGUGGCUGCUUGCGAAAAUUGUCCCGACAUUGUUAAGUUAUUGGUUUCUUUACAUAUUAAGAUAGAUUUACAAGAUAACGAUGGUGAAUCAGCAUUAUACCAAGCAGCUGCAUCCGGAAGCACGGAAGUAGUUGAAAUUUUAAUUGUCGCACAUGCUAAUGUUGAAUUAGGAAACAAGGAAACUAUCACGCCAAUAAUGAUUGCAGCCUAUAAUGGACAUGCCGACAUAUGUCGAAUACUUUUGGAUUAUGGCCGUGCUAAUAUUAAUUAUCAAGAUAAGUUUCGUAAAACUGCAUUGAUGCUGGCUUGUUAUGCAGGUCGCUUUGAAGCAGCCGAAGUAUUAUUGGAUAGAAGUGCAGACGUUAAUUUAUUAGAUCAGUACGGUUGGACAUCUUUAAUGAUUGCAGCAUAUGCAGGUCAUGUUGAAAUUUGUCAUUUAUUGUUGCAUCAUAACGCUGAUAAAAAUAUUGCAGCAAAAGAUAAAACAGCUGUCAUUCUUGCAAGGGAUGUAGGACAUCAUAGUGUAGCAAAUCUAAUUGAAAAUUAUGUACCUGGAACAAAACCACCUGUAAGAUCUGUAAGAUCACGACAAAUCCCGAAUCAUGAUCAAUAUCCUAACGUUGGUGGUCGUGAUACAGCACAUUAUGCACGACAAAUACAAUCUCAUCGUCGACGCCAUCAAAAUCAAAGCAUCCAAUUAGAUGAACAAAAUCCCUAUGCAUCCAAAGGUAUUAUGAUGCCUUUAGUACAUGAGCAAUCAAGACGUACCAUACAGCCAAAAAACGCUAACAGAAGAUCAAAAUAUUAUAGUCUCGCUGGCCCUGGGAUUGAUGACCCAAAUCCUGCACCAUUUACAGCGCCUCAUUUAAAACAAGAUAUGGCUCCAAGAAAAGACAAUUCAUCUUGGGUUAUUUUUUCUUUAAUAGCAACUUCAUGCUUUUGCAAUCCAUGCUUAUCAACUAUUGGUAGAAUGAAAGAUCCAAAUGUGCGUCAAGCUUGGAGGGAAAAGGUUGCACUUUGUAUAAUAAUAUUAAUCAUAUCUGGAUUUAUGGGAUUUUUAACAUUUGGUUUGGCUACAAUUGCAUGUCAAAAAAAGGAGCCUCUCCUUCCUGAAAAUAUCCUUAGAGACUUUGGACCUGACCAACCUAAUGCUAAAGCGCAUAUUGUCCGUGGGAGGCUUUACAAUACUGGUGUCUACUUUCUUAGUGGAUCGCAUAGACCUAUUGCGCCAUUUACAGAUGACCAAUUGAACGACAUUAUUGUGAAAUUAUUUGGCAGAGAUAUUUCUGGAUUUUUUCCUCCAAACAAUUUACUUAUCGGAUGUGCUUACACACCAAAAGACAAUGGAACAAUUUGUUCUCAAGGAUUGUCAGAUCCAAGAUACCAUUGUCAUACAUCAUCAAAAUCGUUAUUGACUCUUAAAGAACUUGAUAUGAAUCAAUUUGUGGGUUACUCGUGGGAUAAUGUUACCGAUGGAGACAGGCAAAUGUUUGUGUAUAAAGAAAAUGUCUAUGAUAUUACAGACUAUCUUAAUUUGACACCUGAUCAACAAUGGCUUGGAGACAGUAGUACUACGGAAUGGUUAAGAAGUCUUGUACAUAAAGAUGCGACUAAAGAUGUUUUACGCACUCAACAAAAUAAAAAUUUUGCAAAAUGCUUUGAUCAUUUUUUGGUUGGAGAAAUUGAUGGAACAACUAUCGGGUGUGUUGCCACAAACGUAAUAUUAAUAAUAAUGACGGUGGUUUUCACAGCAAUUACCUUGAUUAAAUUUACGUCAGCAGUUGCAUUCUCGUGGUUUUUAUCUUCGCAACUUGGAAAAAUUUCAAAGAAACCAAAACUUGAAAGUGAUAUUACAAACAUCAUAUUGUUGGUAACAUGUUAUUCAGAAGGAGAAGGUUCUAUGCGCACAACAAUUGAUUCAUUGGCGGCGUCAGAUUAUCCAGAUGAUCACAAAUUAUUAUUUGUUAUUGCUGAUGGAGACGUAACAGGAUCAGAAAAUGAUCGAUCAACGCCACAGAUAUGUAAAGAUUUAUUAACACCAUUGGAUGGUUCUCCAGAACCUGAACCUAAAUCAUAUUUAGCCAUUGGCGAUGGACAAAAACAACAUAAUAUGGCACAGGUAUACAUAGGAUAUUAUAAUGUUAGUGAACAUAAAGUUCCAAUGGUUUUAGUUAUAAAAUGCGGCACACCAGAAGAAAAAAAAGGAGCAAAGGCUGGUAACCGUGGUAAACGAGAUUCGCAACUCAUAUUGAUGCAAUGGUUAAGUCAUAUAAUAUUUAAUGAGCGUAUGACACCUUUGGAAUUUGAAUUAUUUGAAAAGGUUCGUUUACUCACCAAAUUAACACCAGAUCGAUAUGAAAUGGUGCUUAUGGUAGAUGCAGACACUGUGGUUAAAAAGGAUAGCGUGAAGCAUAUGAUUGCAGCCAUGGAACGUGAUCCUACAGUUAUGGGAUUAUGUGGUGAAACAAAAAUCGCUAAUAAAACCGCCAGUUGGGUUACAAUGAUUCAGGUUUUUGAAUAUUAUAUAUCACAUCAUCUUGGAAAGGCUUUUGAAUCUAUAUUUGGUGGUGUCACGUGCUUGCCAGGUUGUUUUUGUAUGUAUCGUAUUAAAGCACCUAAAGAUGGAUAUUCAGUUCCAAUACUAGCAAAUCCAGACAUAGUAGAGGUUUAUUCUUCGAAUACGGUCGAGACAUUACAUCAAAAAAAUCUUUUGCUUCUUGGUGAAGAUCGAUAUUUGACCACAUUAAUGUUGAGAACAUUUCCUAAGCGCAAAAUGAUUUAUGUACCCAAAGCAAUAUGUAAAACAGUGGUACCCGAUGAAUUCAAAGUAUUGCUUUCUCAACGACGUAGAUGGAUUAAUUCAACUAUUCACAAUCUUAUGGAACUUAUUCUUGUACCACAACUUUGUGGUAUCUUUUGUUUUUCUAUGCAAUUUGUUAUUUUCCUUGAAUUGGUGGGCACAGUAGUUUUACCCUCAUCAUUAAUAUUUCUGGUUUAUUUAGCUGUUAUGGCAGUACAAGGACAACCUGUUCUACUACCAUUGCUUUUCAUCUAUUUCUCAUGGGGAGCAACACGCAAAAUUUCUGGUGAAGAUACAGGACAUGGUGAAGGAGGUGGAAAUAAAUUUGAUCGUACAGGGUUCCCAAUGAAACGUUGGGAUGAAUGGAUGCUUGAAACACAGAAACAAACACAAUUUUUACCAGCUUACGCUCCACCAAAUAAUGCAUCUUCUUACCCAACAACAACAGGAAUGGGGAUGUCGCCAUCAAGACCAACAUCGCCGUUACCACCACAACAACCACAAGUUCCUGCUAGAUUUACUGGAUAUCCACAAUGGCGUGUUGAUGCUAUUAAAUAUUGGGAUCAAGAAAGGUAUGAUGCAUCAUUAUCAUUUAUGAUAAUUGCUACACUAAUAUCAACAUUGGCAACUAUCACAUUGUUUAUAUUUGAUAUUGGUAAAUUAUGGUCAAUAUUUGGAACUUUACAUAUUAUCGGCGAGGUGAUUGUUAUGUUGCUGUUGUCACAAGGUGGUAAGAUCUCUUCAUAUUGGUUUUAUGGAAUAGUUGGUGGCUAUAUAUUCCUUGUCAAUGUUAUAAAUAUUAGUUUAUCAUGGCCUUAUGAUGCUAUAUGGUUUAAGUGGCAAGGUUUUUGCUCAGAUUUUGCAAUCUUAAUAGUAUUCACACGUAUUUAUUUAUCAACAAGUGAAUAUGUCAGGGAACAAACAUCAGCUCAACUGCCAAUUAUAGAUGAUGAAGAUAUGAAUAUGGAAAAUUCAUCAUCAAGAAAUGAGGAAAAUUCAAUUGCACCAAAAAUAAUAAAUCAUCCCAACCAAUUGUUGUUAUUGUGUUUUGCCUCCUUUAUUCAUAUACUUGGUAAUAUUGUGCACACAUUUAAUCCAUUUGAUGGUAGAAGGUAA